AUGCCACCACCGAGUUCAAGUCCCAGCAAGGCAAGUGCCGUUUCUCGACCCUCGACCUUCAAUUCCCACUUACACGACCGACAACGAACCAAUUGUCCUCCACCGCAAACCCCCAACACCUUCAGAAUGCAGGUCCGGCACAGAAACACAGUAGAGCGCCUCGACAGGCCGAGCGCAUACUACCACAACCGGAACAAGCGCAGGAGAAACGACAACCGCGACGCCGCCCGCGAAGCCCGCGACGCCGAAGACGAGGCCGCCACCAAGAACGAGCCCCUCCCCGAGGACCCCCUCGCCAACGCGACGACGCUCUACGUCGGCAACCUCUCCUUCUACACCACCGAGGAGCAGGUCUACGAGCUGUUCUCAAAGUGCGGCGAGAUCAAGCGCCUCGUCAUGGGCCUCGACCGCUUCAACAAGACCCCCUGCGGCUUCUGCUUCGUCGAGUACUACACCCACCAGGACGCCCUGGACUGCAUGAAGUACAUUGGCGGCACCAAGCUCGACGAGCGCGUCAUCCGUACCGAUCUCGACCCCGGUUUUGAGGAGGGGAGGCAGUACGGUCGUGGCAAGAGCGGUGGGCAGGUGCGUGACGAGUACCGCGAGGACUUCGACGAGGGACGUGGUGGGCAUGGUAGGGCGAUCCAGAUGCAGAGGGAUCGGGACGAUCGGAUGGGCGAGUAUGAGGAGACGGCAUCAAAAGCAAAUGGAACGUGGGGGAAGACGCAAAAGGAGAACGAGAGACUCUACUUUGGGCAGGCUUCUGGGAAUCGAUACCCCAAUAUGACACAAUCAUGGACAUUGAAAUGGUAG